AUGGAUCCCGCAGAGGAGAGAAGAGAUAUAAAAAGGCAUCAGGAGAACUGCAACAUGUUGGGAUACGUGGCCGAUUCUGAAUAUGGGAUUCCUAGAAGAUGUCCCUGUGGUGGGAGAAUCAUUGACGAGGUUCGCGGGAAGGAGGAGUACGACACUCAUCCUGGGAAGCACUUCUUCAGCUGCAUAAACUACGAGGAGCAAGCUAGUGGCCAAAAUGAGAACGAUGUCAUGAAGUCUGCCCAUGACAUCUUCUUCAACGACUACCACGGCAAGUUCACACUUGAACAUGCGUGGAGGGAGCUGCGGUUCGAUCAAAAAUGGAGGUCUAUCUCUUUACCAAGAGAUGGUGCAAAGGAGAAAAGGAAGGAAGCUGCAGAGACGGUGCCUGACUCGGAAGAGGUAAGGCCACCUGGUGUUAAGGCUUCCAAAGCAGCCAAACGCAAGAAGAAUGGGAAUGAAGCUGCAUAUGAUCGACUACAGAGCAUUCUAGACUUGAAACAGAACAUAUCCAAACAGAAACUACUAGAUCGUCUCCUCUCAAAAAAAGAAACUCUCACUGAAAGUGAGGUGUCUCUGAAGGACAAACUCGUAGCUGAGAUGCUUUGA